UAUUUGGGGAAAUUAAAAGCAAAUACACAACAAAUGCAGUUUAUUAAAGCUGGCCCUUAAGGCACACACAGCCUCUCAGCGGUUUACAAAACGGAAGCAUCAGGAGGUAAACAAACAACGUGAGAGUGACACAGAGACAGAAAACAAUUCAAAAUGAGAUAAACAGUUUUAUGCAAAAUCUAGUCAAUAGGGACUUAGUCUGGAAAGGUUACAAACCGUGAAGAGAUGCAAGUGUACAUGGAACCUGAAUUUUAUUUUCACUGGCUUUAUAUGCAUCUUCUGUUGCCUGUAUUUUAAAAGCAACAGUUAAAAAAAGAAAACAGUAGUAAUCAUGUGCACUAAUCACAGGUCUGCUUUUUCUCAGUCAACCUCCCCCCGCCGCAAGAAAUUGGGACGGUAUUGUUUUCUUAGUGGACACUAUUAGUCACCAAAUUAAAAACUGGAAAGAAUGGCCUUCGUUUAUGGCAUAUGAGAAUUGUGCAGACACUUGGCAAUGAUCUCGUCUUGCCCCUCAGUAAACAGUGGUUGGUGGGCUCGGAGCACUGGCAUCAUAUAGGAGCCUGUUAGUCUCCGGUCUCACCUGAUACUGAAUCAGCAAUUUUUUUUUUUUUUGAAGCAGCAUUUUAAACAAGAUUCCUCGGUGAUUUGUCUGCACAUUAAAGUUGAGAAGUCCUAGAUUCAUUUGAUCUCAGGUACAUCCCUGGUUCAAUAUUUGAUGAAAUCUCCCCAGGUGAUUGUAAUGUGCAGUGCAGUUAAGCACUGCAAAACUAGUCCAACUUCAUUUUUCAAACGAAGAAACUGGCCCACAAAAGCUUAUGUAUUUACCUAAGAUGACCUAACUGUUUAGUAUCAAAAUCCAAAUAAUGUCGUCUCUCUUCUUCGUAAAAAAAUAAAGCAGGGUCGAGGGGACAGAGCGUAGGCAGCGUGGAGAUGGGGAUAAUUAUUUUAUAUAGGGUGGUUGGGAAAGGCCUUCCUGAGGAAGCAGAUGCCUGAGCAAAGAGAGCAAACCACGUGGAUAGCUGGGAAACUGUAUUUCAGGCUGGUGUGUGUGUAGGUGUAUGUGUGUGGUUAUUUGGAUUGGAGGAACAAGUGUUACCAAAUUCCUGACAGAUACUGCUCUGUGGGAUGCAGAAACAGGCAAUCAGAAUUACCAGCUGUUCUCAAAAUCUGAUUCUCAAAAUAUUCCCUACCUUCUUAAUAUUCUUUACUUAUUAUUAUGAGUAUCUGAAGCCUUUGUUUAAAAAAUGAGAACUAUUAAAUCUAGAAGUGUUUACAAGAACUGGAGUUUAUGGCAAAUAUUCAAAUACUGGAGAACACAGAGAACAUUAUUGAGUAGUAUUCAAAUAACAGAUCUCCUAGCAGGGUUAACUGUACUACCCAGACUCAUGGAUUGGAAACUGCCAAUUUAAGGAUUUACUUUGAAUCCAAAACUUGUUACUUUUUUGAACACUGCUCAUAGAAUUUGUAUAAAGUAUACAAUGAGUAUCAACCUAUUUAUAUUUUAUUUGCAAGAAUGACUCACUGCCAGCAGCACACAGGGCCAGGAACAUAUACUUAACAUAGCACCAACUACAAGCAAGACUGACUGAUGAGACUGUAGCCAUGUCUCUCCCAAGUGCUCUUGUCCUGGUUCCUGAAAAUGAUGACCUCAGCCUCGAACUCGGCAUUUCCUGGGCUGGUUUUCAACUUGACAUUGGUGAAUUUCUUCAGUAACAUCCCUAGGUUGGCUGCUAAGUUUUAAUUCUCACAGGAGAAUUAGGAUACUUUCUCCUAUUUUCUUCAUUUUGCAACUUUUUUUCUUUUGAGAUUUGGAAAGCCACAUAAAUUCCCUGAGAAAUGCUGGGAAGAAAUCCCUGCACAGAAACACUAACAAUGAGGACAGUGAGGCUGGAACCAGGUUUACUAGGGGGAAGCAGUAGGUAGGAGUGUAGGUCAGAGAGCCAACAGAAAGCCUUAUCAUUCAGAGAUGAUGUCUGCAUGGACCUGAAUGGAAGCACUGAACUUGUGACGAGUGUUUGGAUUCUGGAUAUAUUUUGAAUGCUGAGCUGACAGAACGAAUUGAUUUGUAAAGUGUGAGGGGAAGAGGAAUUGAGGACAACUCCAAGGUUUUUGGUUUAGGCAUGACAGGAUGAAAUUACCAUUUGCUGAGAUGGAUAGAGUGGGUGGGGGACUCUGGAGAAGUUGUUUUUUCCUGUGUUAAGUUUGAGAUGUUUACACAUCUAAGUGGAUAUGUCAAAUAGGCAGUUAGGUAAAGGAGUCUGGAGUUCAGGGAAGUCUGGGCUGGUGAUAAGAUGCAGGAUUCAGGAGCAUAGGCAUGACAUUUAUAGCCAGGUUUUUAAUAUCCAGCACUGGCCUAGACCGCAGCUGUGUUCUUCCGGCAACUCAACCUGUGACUAUUUGCUUCGCUGAAAAAAACCACAUCUUAUCCGGUUAAAACAAUGAGGACAAAGGAGCCAUGAAUGUGAAAAUGCUCUGUAAAAGGUAACGUGCUGAGAAGCAGGAGAAAUCUGAUGGCACUGGAGGUGAGGAAAAUCAGUUUGUGGACGUAGGGAAAUAAUUUUCGUGCACUGAGAAUUACAGAAACUGCGAAAUGAAAGAAGGUGCAACAAGCAAUUAUAACUUUUUGGACUGUAGCCAAAUCUGUGCAAAACUAAUAUUUUUAAAAUUUCCAUAGCACCCCAAAUUUACUAGAGCUUCACAUACAUGGUCUUUUUGAGCUGCACAAGUCUUGUGAGAAGAGAAUUAUUAUUGUUCCCAUUUUACGGAGGGGGAAACUGCUCGGAGAGAAUAGCUGACCUGUAAGGCAUCACAGCAACCUGAGGGACAGAGAUACACAAGCAUUCAGACGUCCCUGUUCCGAAUCCAACCUAAAGACGAACAAAUCGCUCCCCACCCCCACGAUCGGCCGCGAAGACGGAGGGACACACCCGGGCCGUCCAGCUCGCUGGCCUCCAGCAGCAGCCGGCCCCCGUCCCAUUUCCGGAUGGUACGGCCCUUUCCCCUAUCGCGAGACCGGAAGCGUCGCGCAUCUAGUUGCCAGAGAAACAGCGGUGCUACAGGCAGGACGGCUUUGAACUGGCGGCUUCUUCCACCACUAGAGAGGCUGAGGUGGCGGGAGAGAUCCCUCUUCUCUGUGGGGAAGUGGCUGGCUCGGCGAGCGUCGGCGGCGCGCUUCUGCGGCCGUCUGCGCUCUGACUGCCGGCGGCCAGUUCCUCGAGGAGGCCCGGCGGGAAGGAUUUCAAUGGAUAUUAUAAAGGGAAACCUAGAUGGAAUUUCAAAACCAGCUUCAAAUUCAAGAAUACGCCCUGGGAGCAGAAGUUCAAAUGCGUCUUUGGAGGUGCUCUCAACAGAACCAGCAUCCUACAAGGUUGAUACUGCAAGCAACUUGAACUCUGGUAAAGAGGACCACUCCGAAAGCAGUAAUACAGAGAACAGAAGAACUAGUAAUGAUGAUAAGCGUGAAAGCUGCUCUGAGAAAAUAAAAUUGGCUGAAGAGGGGUCAGAUGAAGAUCUGGAUUUGGUUCAACAUCAGAUAAUCCCUGAGUGUUCAGAUGAACACAAAUUAGAAGAAUUAGAUUCUCAACUUCAAGAUGCUAUUCAGAAGAUGAAAAAACUUGAUAAAAUAUUGGCAAAGAAACAACGCAGAGAAAAAGAAAUUAAGAAGCAAGGUCUAGAAAUGAGAAUAAAGCUGUGGGAAGAAAUUAAGUCUGCAAAAUAUAGUGAAGCUUGGCAAAGUAAAGAGGAGAUGGAAAAUACAAAAAAAUUUUUAUCUCUGACUGCUGCGUCUGAAGAAACUGUUGCAGGUCCUUCUCAUGAGAAUGAAGACACGUUUGCCUCCGUGUUUCAUACUCAGAUCCCUCCUGAAGAAUAUGAAAAGCAGAUGCAGAAACUCAGUAAAGAUUUUACCUGUGAUGUGGAAAGAAAUGAGUCAUUGAUCAAAGCAGGAAAGAAACCUUUCUCAAAUACAGAAAAGAUUGAGCUCAGGGGUAAACACAACCAGGAUUUUAUUAGGAGAAACAUUGAGUUGGCCAAGGAAUCAAGAAACCCAGUAGUUAUGAUUGAGAGAGAGAAGAAAAGGCUGGUUGAGCUUUUGAAGGACUUGGAUGAGAAAGAUUCCGGGCUCUCCAGUUCUGAGGAACCUGACCUUGAUGGUGAAAAAAAUAUGGAAGUAACUCCAGGAGAAAAGGUACUCAGGAACACCAAAGAGCAACGGGAUCUGCGUAUUCGGCUGAGAGAGAUUGAUGAAAAGCUGAGAAUGAUGAAGGAAAAUGUGUUACAGUCCACAUCGCGUCUCUCUGAAGAACAGUUAAAGUGUCUUCUGGAUGAAUGCAUAGUUAAACAAAAAUCCAUCAUUAAACUUUCUUCAGAAAGAGAAAAUGAAGACAUUGAGGAUGUAAUACCUACGUUCCCCCAGCUUUCCAGGUCCAUCAUCUCUAAAUUACUAAAUGAAUCAGGAACAGAGGUCCAGAAAACUGAGGCAGAAGAUGCAGAUAUGCUUGAGAGUGCAGAACGUGAGGCUUCUAAAGGCUACUAUCUCACUAAAGCUUUGACUGGACAUCGCAUGUCAGAAGCUCUUGUCACUGAAGUGGAGAAUAUGAAAUGCCUUCAAUUUUCGAAGAAUGAUAUUAUUAGUGACACAAAAGACUAUUUUAUGUCAAAGACUCUUGGCAUUGGGAGACUGAAAAGGCCCUCCUUCUUGGAUGAUCCACUGUAUGGUAUCACUGUGAGCCUUUCAUCAGAAGACCAACAUCUGAAACUCAAUUCUCCAGAGAAAACAAAAGCAGAUGAGCAGGAGACUAAAGAUGCAGCAGAAGAAUGUAAAGAACCCUAAUCAAGGACUUGCUGGGUGUGCUUUUAAGAAAGUUGGUAAUUAAGUUAAAUUACAUUUUUGAUUGAAUUAUUUGAAUUCAAUGAAUGCAUUGUAGAGACUAUUCUUUACUGAUUUUGACAUUUGGAGUCACUCUUUGUGGAUUAUAUUUCCUUGACACUUUCGAGACUUGGAGUGUAAUUAUUCAAGAGUUUUUGCUCAUUAAAAUUUCUGGGACCAUUGUUUAUAAA